AUGGCAGGGAACCUGAAGAAAGGCGGGGGGCUCAUCGGGAUGAUGAAGGAUGCCUUCCAGCCACACCAUCACCACCUCCACUCCCAUCACCAGCCCGGGGCCGUGGACAAAAAGACGGUGGAGAAAUGCUGGAAACUAAUGGACAAGGUGGUGCGCCUGUGCCAAAACCCCAAAUUGGCUCUGAAGAACAGCCCCCCUUACAUCCUGGACCUGCUGCCAGACACCUACCAGCACCUGCGCACCAUCUUGUCUCGCUACGAGGGCAAAAUGGAGACUCUUGGGGACAACGAGUAUUUCCGGGUGUUUAUGGAGAACCUAACCAAGAAGACCAAGCAGACCAUCAGCUUGUUUAAGGAGGGCAAGGAACGCAUGUACGAGGAGAACUUGCAACCCAGGCGGAACCUCACCAAGCUGUCGUUGAUCUUCAGCCACAUGCUGGCUGAGCUGAAGGCCAUCUUCCCCAAUGGUCUGUUUCAGGGUGACAACUUCCGCAUCACCAAAGCAGACGCUGCAGAGUUCUGGAGGCACGCCUUCGGAGACAAGACUAUUGUGCCUUGGAAGAUUUUCCGUCAGUCUCUCCAUGAGUUUCAUCCCAUCAGCUCUGGGCUGGAGGCCAUGGCCCUCAAGUCCACCAUAGACCUCACCUGCAAUGACUACAUCUCCGUCUUUGAGUUUGACAUUUUCACCAGGCUAUUCCAGCCUUGGUCAUCCCUGCUGCGGAACUGGAACAGCUUGGCAGUUACUCACCCCGGGUACAUGGCCUUCCUCACCUACGACGAGGUCAAAGCGAGGCUGCAGAAGUUCAUACACAAGCAUGGCAGUUACAUCUUCCGGCUGAGCUGUACGCGGCUGGGCCAGUGGGCCAUCGGCUACGUGACAGCAGAUGGAAACAUACUCCAGACCAUUCCUCAUAAUAAACCCCUCUUCCAGGCUCUCAUAGACGGCUUCAGGGAAGGAUUCUAUUUAUUCCCUGAUGGCCGGACCCAAAACCCAGAUCUGACGGGACUGUGUGAGCCUUCACCUCAAGACCACAUCAAAGUCACACAGGAGCAAUAUGAGCUGUACUGUGAGAUGGGCUCUACUUUCCAGCUGUGUAAGAUCUGUGCCGAGAACGACAAGGAUGUGAAGAUUGAGCCCUGCGGUCAUCUCAUGUGCACCUUCUGUCUCACUGCCUGGCAGGAGUCGGAGGGUCAGGGAACGGGAUGUCCCUUCUGUCGCUGUGAGAUUAAGGGUACAGAGCCCAUUGUUGUGGAUCCUUUCGACCCCAAGGACAACAGCGGGAACUCCUGCAGGGGCAUGUUUGGGGCCGAGGGCGCUCCAUCACCCAGCUAUGACGAUGAUGAUGACGACAGACUUGAAGACCCGCACCUCAUGAUGAGCAAACUUGCCUGUUCAAAGGUGGAGCGCCCCCCGUCACCUAUGUCCAUGGCUCCUCAGUCCUCUCUUCCCCCUGUGCCGCCCAGACUAGACCUUCUACCACACAGACCUCCCAACCCCCCUGGUGCCUCCAGCCCUGGGGUCACCAGUAAGGCAGCAUCUCACCACAAAGACAAGCCUCUUCCCCUCCCGCCAGCGCUGAGAGAUCUCCCCCCUCCUCCUCCAGACCGCCCCCACACAGCCGGGGCAGUCCCCGAUGGACGGCUGCAGAGGCGGCCCUUACCCUGCACUCCCGGGGAGCCACCUCGAGAUAAGCUCCCUCCUGCACCCCCAAACCGACCCCAAACUGACUGGAACUCCCGGCCUGUUCCCAAGGCCCCCAGCUCCUCAUCCUCGUCCUCCUCCUCAUCUUCCUCAUCUUCCUCAUCCACCCAUGUCUCCAGUCUGGGAGUGGACAUUCGAGCAGGUGUCAGGGAACUCUCCAACCGACACUCCCUCCCCUUGGCGCUGCCCUCCGCUCUGGACACACGCUCAGACUCGCAGAAGAACAACAGCUCCCUCAGUCUGGACCACCAGCUGAAUUUUGUUGCCAUAGCCGGUCAAGAUUAUGACAACCCCAAAGUCAAGCCCUCGGCCUCAGCCAACGCCAUCUAUUCACUGGCUAUCAGACCUUCUCCAGCCCAGAGGCCAGUGACGGGAGAGGAGGCACGUGACAGUGAGGAGGAGUCGGAGUACAUGAUCCCCUCCUCUCGCCCCGUCCUGCCCCCCGUCACGGCACCACCUGUAGCGGAGACCCCACCUGUCCCGAGGCCUCCACAGCCUCAGCCUCUGUCAGCACUCCAGACCCAAGCGGCCGCACUCAACUCACGGCUGCCACUGGCUGAGCUAGAGGACGGACCUCAAAUGUAUGAAGCCAUGUACGACAUCCAGGCCAGGUCGCAAGAAGCCAGAGAUUCAGAUUAUUCAGAGUUGCCCCCUCUGGCGAUGACAAACGGUCCCAGAGAGGCCGAGGACAGGGAAGGGGAGGAGAACCACUACGACUUCCCAAAAUCCCGGCUGCCAAUGCCCACGGCCCGACGGACCCUUUCAGAACUAGGGGGGUCGUCUUCCUCCUCUUCAUCUUCCUCAUCAUGCUCAUCCUCCACAGCUGCUUUCAGCCGCCUUUCCCUGGAUUCGGACGCUGGAGCUGCAGCGCCCUUCUCGGAGCCGGUGGAAGCACCAGAGAGACCUCCGAAGCCCCUGCCCAGGCGAAUCAACUCGGAGCGUCGAUCCAGCCCCGUCCCGCCCGUCCCUGCUCCACCCAGUAGUGGGGCAACAGGAGGAGAAGCCAACCCUCAAAUCAGUAGCGAGAUCGAGCACCUCAUGAGUCAGGGAUACUCUUACCAGGACAUCCAGAAAGCACUGAUGAUUGCACAGAACAAUAUCGAAAUGGCUAAGAAUAUCCUACGCGAGUUUGUCUCCAUUCCCUCCACCGCACACGUUCUUACAUAGCACGCUCCUUGUGCCUCUCUCUCGUGUUUGCUCUCUCGCCCUAGCUUGGCCCGGCCUGGUUGGGUUUAGGUUGGCACAGCCCAAAACCCAUUGCCUGCAGCACUACCUCUGGUGCUGGCUGACGCCCGACAUCCCUGUGGAUUUUUUUUAACUGGCUGUUACUCCAGAGAGCUCCCAGCGUCUCUGGGACUCCGCGCCAUGCACUCCAUGCGCUUUCAAUAGUGUCUGGCCUUCUUUAAACUGCUACAGCAGGCCUCUUCGUUAUCUCGGGACAUCUCCGCGGGAGUGACCAAGCGCGUGUGGAACAAUGACGGGACGCCACAUGGCGCGAGACUUUUCGUAGGAAGCCCGACAAAGACAGAUUCUUAUCUUUCAUGUUGAAGCCUCUUGCUGAAAAUGUAACCAACACCUCACAAAUAAAACUAAAAAUGUAUGUCUAUAUGAAAAUUUAAUAUAUGAGUAAAUAUAUAUUAAAUGUGUGUAAUAUAUACAGUACGUGCAUAUACAGUAUGUAAAAAUGACUUCAGCUUUGAGGGUCGCUGUUGGUACAACAAUGUGGGUAGACGGGGACCAGAUUUGGCUCUUUCUCUCGGACUGAGGGAUGUGAGAGUGUGGAGACAUACAUGUGAGGAAGAGGAAGCGUCUAAGGUGUCUUCCUCACCAGGAUGUGUUCAGUCAGCAGCUUAGAAGACGUGCAGCAGAGCUUUUUCGUUAUGAAUUCAGUCUGUUAUGGCCUUUGAUUAACAACGUUGCUUUGGUACUUUUUUCUUUUUUUCAGAAAAACAUGCUUGUUUGUCGUGUUGUAUUUCUCAAAGUAGCAUGACGAUGGUUUCAGGUCUGGACUGUAGUCUGGCAGUGUGUUUUUAUAUAUGUGAGUUUGUGUAUGUUGAGCAUGUAUGUAUGUGUAUGUGUGCGUGUGUGUGUCUGCCAGACUUACUCCUCAUGACCUGCUCUUAAAUGAACCCCCCUGUUCCUGUACAACGUGAAUGUGGAAUUGCAGUCCGUAUGCUCAGACCCGUGCUCUGUAAACGUUCUACUGCUCUAACUCUUAUGGCAGGGCCUCGUGUAGCUGUACAGCCUGGCGGAGAGAUUCUUAGAGGACGUGCUAAUGUCGACGACCCUGCAGUACCAGACGGGCUAGUGUUGUGUGAUCCGUGGUGGCUGAAACGUUUUUGUUCCGUCUUCGUCUAACUUCAUGGGCCGGCUGGUUAGAACGUCUCCAGCGCAGUCCAGUGUUGUGAAACAAACAAACAAAAAAAAUGUCAUUGAUUUAAUUUGGUAAUAUGUAUUUGUAAUAUGAUCAUAAAUAUUGUUGUUAUAAUUCAUUCAGAAGUGCUUCACUGCUGCUACUAUUGUUAGUGCUAAACAAUUAAGCCUUAAAUGUACAUUUGUGAAUAUUGUGUUUAACCGUCAUCCUGUUUCUUUAAAGUGACAGUAUCAUCCGGUUUUCUCUGGUCCGUAAUGUAGCAUACUUGAAAGUACAAGUGGCUUGUGAGCCUGCAAGCCCUCUCAAGCUGUCAACUCUGCAGUGUUUUAAACCUCUUUUCUUUUUAUAUAUAUAUAUAUAUAUAUAUAUUCAUUAAUUCUCUACAGGUAGACUCUGUAGUAAAACAAACAAUAGAAACCACCCAUUUUGUAAUAGAUAUCAGGCUUCUCUUUCACAUCCAUUUCCUUUCUCUGGGAGUUCAACUGCACUGAAAGGAAGUGAUUUCUGAGGCUUAAAAAAAACAACUAAUAGGCUCACGGGUUUGCUGGCUCACCCCCAAGUCUACAUUUAAAUCAGUAUUUGGGCCAACUGUAAGAACUAACUCAGGAAUAAUGUUUAUCUAAAGUGGCGUUCACCCGACUCAUUGGCAUAGACAGCAGCUCACCUGCCGUCUCUUCAUCCAGGUGACGUGUAGCCAAAAGUAUCCGCUUAAUGAAGUCACACAAGUAGCCUAAUACUCUUCUUCUUUUCUUUCUUUUUUGGGCACACUAACUUGCACAUUUUUUGUAUUAUUUCCAAUGUUGGCAGGACUAGAAACAGCAGCUUAAUUUCCAGGUACUAUGAAUGAAUAAGAUAAAUAAAUGCAAGGAGCUUUUAGGUACAUUGACUUGAACCUCUCAUCAUAUGAAGAAGAAUGUUUUUUGGGGGGUGGGUGUAAAUCAUGUCAAUAGCUAAUCAGUCCUUGCUUAUUCUGGGUAAUGCUGUCUGUUGACAGGAAGCUAUCUCUGCGCUGUCUGGCCAUCCUCUCGAUCUUUUAUUUUUUUCAGUUCCUAGUUGCCUUGAGAAACUUCUUGAAUGAUGGGUAAUGGGCGGGGAGGUCCCCAAUCCUCAAUACUGUACCAAUGUGUUGUUGAUGCUUCGAGGAUAGCGCGUCAUCGUCAUUUACCCUUUUUUUUGUUCGCACAGUAUACCAAUUUGUGCUUUGAUACUGUCACUCUAAAGAAAAAAGCUACUUGUAUAAAGUUAGUGAUAUGAAAAGAAAAAAAAAUGGCUGUUCCAUUUUCAGUUUGCAUUCCUGUACAUGUAUUUUGUUCCAAAGGUUUUGUUUACUUAUGUGAAUGAUUCUGUGAGCAGUGCCAUAUGUUUUGAGAUCCUCACCAGGUUUAGAGUAAAGCCUCGUGUCUGAAGAGUCUGGUAUUGAUCUGUACCUGUUGAUCUCAGAAGGCUGGAUUGUGCAGUGUUGCUUGUGUUACUCUGUCCUCUCUGCCUUGUCAGCCUCUUCUAUGAGCACAAGUGCUGAUCUGUGAAAUGUCUCCUUUUGUUUGUCUUUCUUACCUGAAAGAUAAACCAAGUGCCAGAUCAGUACUCCGCCUCAGAGGUGCUCCAUGCUUACCGGCCACCCUGUUACCCUCGGUCCCUGUGUUGGGGUACUUCAACUUUCUGCCAGAAGAGGGAGCCGUUGUUCCAUGUAGCCGUGUCGCUUCUCAUCAGUAAAAGGCAUUCAUUAACUUUUUGAUGGUUUUUAAAGCUCAUAUCACUUUGGAAGUAUGCACAGUGCUGUUAAUAAAAUGAUAAGCGAAAGCC